AUGCAAUCACCAUCGACGCCGGUGACGUCAUCACCUCUCCUCAGUUCUCCAGCUCCGAUCUCCUCUCUUCCAGGAGGUGCAAGGGGGACAUUAGUUUCCAUGAUGAGAAAACCACCCUCGUUGGUCGACUUGUGUGUGCGGAUGGCGAUAGAUAAAGUUAGGUACCUAGGAAAUGUUGGGACAGUGGACAACCACCUGUUGGAUCGCAUUUUAAGCCACUGUACACUCGAUCAGUUGAAGCACAUUGAGGAUUGUACAGAAGGUAGAGAUCUAAGUCCUGUAACUGAUAUACUCUGGAAGACAUUUUACAGUCGUGAUUUUGGUGUUGAUAGUGCCAAUCUUGUUGAUCAGAGGUUGAGAAAGAGUAAGAAGACCUACAAAUGGAGACAAUUGUAUGAGGCUAAGGUACAAGAGAGGGAAGAGGCAACAGAACAAUUAGUUGAUCGAAUGAAGCAACGUUAUGAAGAAGAAAAUGCUAGGAAACGAAGUCGUCAAAUACAGCUAUGUGCAAAGCUCCCACCUUCCAGCAAGAAAAGAAGCUUUUGUGGUGGUGUCAUUGCCAGCAACAUUUACAACACAAAAAGUGGCUUGAUGAAGAAGGCAAAGCUAGACUUCGUCAACAGCCGAGAAGUGAAAAAUAUAGCUGCUAUGAAGAAUAAGGUGGUUCACCAAUAUCAAAGUGUUUCUCCCGUUGGGAAGCCACAUGUGACUUCUGGAUUAGGAGUGAAAAAUACAGCGGGUAUGAAAAAUAAGGCGGUGUGCAAGAAUCAAAGUGUUUCUCCCAUUGGGAAGCCGCAUGCGACUUUUGGAUUAGCUUCUUCUUCUUCUUCUUCUUCACCACCGUUGUCCAUGACCAAAAUGGGCAAGCCAGUCCAGAGGAGAUUUUGA